AACAACUUCGUAGAAUAUAGAGUAUCAACAUGUAAAAUGGCAUAAAUUCGAGAUUAACAUAACAUUAGGAGCCAAAAUCCAAUUCAUCGACCUCCGCUCAAGCUUGCUUUACCCCACAUCUAAAUUUUACCUGCACUAGACGGAUAUACCACCACCGCAUCAUCGCCUUCAGCGCGCUCUCUCUCUCUCUCUCCAACCAAGUGUUCCAUUUGGUUGACAACGUCCGAAAUCUUGAAACUCCCAAUUGAUUCCAUAAAAUCAGAUGUUUCAGCAAUCCCAGUCUCUCACAUCCCGCCUUCCGCUUUCGAUUUUCCUCUCUACCCAAUCCUCCAAACUGUCGCUUUCUCUCUCAAAAACCACUGACAAGCCCAAUUUCAACCCUUCAAGAAGAUCAUACCCAUCUCGGAAAUCCUCGUUCCAGACUCUGAAAUGCUCAGUUUUUUCUGUGGUUUCAGAGCCUACCCAUUUGGAAUCGACGAACAACCACCAUAAACCCUUCCCAGCUGAGGUGUCAAGAACAAUCAUGGAGUUGACUUCUGUGGGCACUCUUUCUACUCUUCUAACCCAGGAUGAUGCUUGGCCCCUUGGUAUCGGUGUUCGAUUUGCUGUUGAUGCACAAGGCACCCCGAUUCUUUGCUUGAAUGACUCCAACAGGCAAUUCUCUUUGGAUAGGAGGUCGAGCCUCCAUGUCCAGUUAGAGCAGAGUAGGUUGCGGACUCCUCAGUGCACAAUUCAAGGUAGCCUUGACAAACCAGAAGACAGAAUGCUUCUCAAGAAACUUUGUACAACAUGGGAGAAGAGGUUUGGAGAAGAAGUGAAUGACGACCUUAUAUACAUUGUUGCUGUUGAAAGGGUAUUUCAGAUGGACGAUUUUACAGAGGAUGGUGUAUGGGUCACCUCAUCAGAUUAUAAACUGGCAAACCCUGAUCCACUUCGGGACUUUGCAGAAAGAAUCGUGAGUGAGAUUAACACACACAACAGGGAAGAUGUUCAUCGCUUUUGCAACAUCUUUGUUGAUGUAGAUUUCCAGGUAACAGAAGCAAAAAUGGUUUGGGUAGACCGGUUUGGCUUUGACAUGCAUCUUACCUCUCCCCAAAGCGGUAUAUUUGAAGCCCGAAUUCCUUUCCCUCGGGAAGUAACGGACGAGAAGGGUGUAAAGUCAUCAUUUAAUGGGAUGUCCCAACUUGCUUGGGAGGUGGAAAAGAAUUACCAUGUCCCUGAUUUCAAGAAGGUGAAACAAUUGAAGAAGAUCGCAUGCAGAGGUCAUUAACUAGUAUCUUUGUUUUCUUUUAAUUUUCGUACUGGAUAGAUGUUAACCUUUCUCUUAUCUUUUGAGCCAUAGAUUUUGCAUCUUGAUUGCUCAUUUCUUCGCAAGAUAAUGAGAUCACCUUCUAUUGACUGGGAGGCCAAAAUAUUUCUUAGUUGACCCGGUGCCAAAUAUGUGUGAGGCUUUCCUUUUGGUUGAUCAGUCACCAUUCAGAUUCUUUGUAUUCCAAAUGUUUAUGGUGCUUGGGUUUAUUGCCACGAUUUUUAAUCUUACCUCCUGAA